GUGUACAGUCGCGCGCCACAAGUGUUGCGCGCACGCAUCGCUCUCUGCAGCCGACCAUACUCGCGCAUACGUCGACGCGAUCACCUUAUCGAUCCGUCUUCCGCUUUAUCAAUUACCGUACGGAAUCCUUCUCAGUGAUGUCGCUUCUAGUGAACACCAGUGGUACAGGCUUGCAAUAUUGAAGGAUGUUAGUGUUGUUUACGUCUGCUAAGACAGACAGUCACCGUCUCUAACUCGAUCCAUGUGUGUCAGUUCGGUGUUUGUGGUGGAGAUAACGUGAUGUGACAACGAUACUUAUUGAAGUGGCAGUGGAAUAGUUUUGUGAAAGUGUGCAGCGAGCGUGAGUGAGCAGCCGGCGGCCCCGGCCGGCCCCCGUCACAAUGUUGAACUGCACCGAUCUGGAAUGCAUCCUGCACCACCACCACUACUAUGCUCAUCUGCAUCACAUCCACCAUUUGCAGAAUGCGCAGGAUUCAGCAAUGUCGGCCGAUGGGUCGACGACAGAUAUUCACGGUUUACUCAACGAUACUGAAUCGGAUCUCACCGGCCUUUCACAUGUUGAUGCCCCGAAUGAUGCGAAUUACAUGAUCGGCGGUGUGGUGAUAGCCAUGGCCCUUGUUGGGCUCAUCAUUGUGCUGCUGGCUCUCACUAUCAACAAGCUGCGCAAGCGCGAGGAGCACUCGGCUUCGGUGCACCCGGCCGAGGCAGUGCUCCAGGCAGCGCCGCAGCCACCGCCCGAGCCUCUUGCCUUCCGUCAGCAGCCCUUGUGGCAGUUCCCACCGCCGCUGCCCCCGCCUUACGUCUAUUCUCACGAUCAGGACAAUAUGUUGCAGCCCCUAGGCAAUGAGCGAGCGAGCUUUCGCAGCUUACGAAAGAACAUUGGCGGUCGUUGGAAGCGACUCGUCAAUAAGAAGCCAGAGCAAGAAGUGUACACAAUCCCGCCUGAGCUCAAACCUCAACUCAAGCAAAUAUAUGUGUACUAACCACCUUCUGUUUACGACGAUAACGGCAUGAGAAGCAGGAAUCUUCUUUGCUUAGUUAAUAUAGACUUAAACCGAGAGAUUCACGGUUGUAAUUUAAAAAUCAUAUCUUAUUUUUAAAAACCAUAUCUGUAUUCGAAUAUCAAAAAGCAUCUAUGUACAUUAUGUCGUCUAUAUCUUUCAGCAUAUCUUUCGACCAAUUAACUUUUAUGACCAAUAUUUAAACUUUCAUUCAAUACUUUGUGAUUUUAAGCCUAGAUGUAUUAAUAAGUAUUAGAACACUGAAGUUUGAUUGCUGUUCCGUUAUUGAUAUUUGAAUGUUGAGUGAUAGUCAAAUGAAUUAGUUUAAUUAUUAAUUUAAAGUUACGAAUGGAAUUAGGAAAAUGCGGUCGCGCAUACUAGUGACGAAAAUCCAAUAAUUAUGAUAGAAGCUGAUGCCUUGUAACUAUGUAAUUUUAAAUGAUUAGGGCAUUUUGUAGUUCAUUAACUUAUUGUAGACGAUGAUCGUAUCUUUAGAUGUAGGUACAUCGAUCAAAUAGUAUCAUGAAGCUAUACUUAUGUAAGCUAUCCUAUCGACUUGUGGAAACGAUUGUGGAACCUCAUUAAUGGAUGCAGUAUUUUUAUAUGAAGCAUUUGAGUUGCGAGUGAGACUGAUAUAUUGUUCAAAUUAAUAAGACGUAACUUGUAACGUAACACAAAAUAAUAACUGAUUUCGUUCAAUGUAUCCCAUCUUUGACUUGUUUUCUGAGAAUUAUGAAUGACCUAGUUGUAAAGUUACGUUACUUGCAUGCUUUGAUAGUGUAAUUUUCUGGUUUUCGCCCGGUCUUUUCCUACUGUGAUAGUAAAUGAUAUAUAAAUUAUGAUUGAUGAGAAAAUGUUGAGUAUAAAUUCGCUUUGACCUGUCAAUUAACAGUAGGACGGACCGACGGUCGAGAAUUGUGAUAGCUCAUAUUGAGCCAGAUAUUCUGAUGAAUUAAGUUUGUAGAUGUAGGUACAAUAAACUCAGCCAUGGUAAUAUAUUUUCGUUAAAAAUCUAUCUGUUGCGAAGGAUACAAUGUUAUAUAAAGUGUAUUUUAACAGUGUGCAGUUACUUUAAUCUAUCAUUGACAUAGAGAAAAAUAAAUUCCAUCAGGAUGUUA